UGUCAGUUUGUUUACAGCGCUGCAGCUGCACGAACAUGGCUGUGGAUAUAACUUUACUCUUCAAAGCCAGCGUGAAGACAGUAAAAACCAGAAACAAGGCGAUAGGAAUAGGCUUUGACUCUACCAAAGAUGAAAUUUUCAAGCGGAGCAGACCCAAGAGCGGCUUCUCUCCGAAGGCGAAGGAAGUGAUCACAAACAUCACCAAGCUGAAAGACUUUCUGCUACAACACAGGAAAGAUUAUGUGAGCGCCGGAAGUCUCAUCUCGUCAGAUCUUACCCGUAUGACGGACAGUGAACGAGAUCAGAUCGACCAGGAUGCUCAGAUCUUCAUGAGGACGUGUUCUGAAGCCAUCAAGCAGCUACGCAAUGAAGCAGAGAAGAAGGUGACAUCAGCCCAGAUAAAGGAACACAGAGGGGCAGUGCUGGACCUCAUUGAAAUGUAUCUGAAAGGAGUGUGUAAGCUGUACUCUGAGCAGAGAGCAAUUAGAGUCAAGAGAAUGGUGGACAAGAAGAGGAUGUCCAGACUGGCCCCAGAACACCACAGUCAUGUGGAGAAAACGCGUGAGGUGGAGCCCACAGAGGAGAAAACUGUCAAGGAAGAAAGUUCUGAGAAAAGUGUGUCAGAGGUCCUGGACAACACUGUGGAACACCUGUGGGAGGAAGGCCGAGUGGAGGACGAGCUCUCUCCUGAGGAGAUCCAAAUGUUUGAGCAGGAAAACCAGAGGUUGGUGAGUGAGAUGAACAGCCUGGUGGAUGAAGUGAGGCAAAUCGAGGGGAAGGUGGUGGAAAUCUCUCGACUUCAGGAGAUCUUUGCUGAGAAAGUCCUGCAACAAGAAACAGAGAUAGACAGUAUUCAUCAGCUGGUUGUGGGUGCUACGGAGAACGUGAAAGAAGGCAAUGAGGAUAUACGAGAGGCAAUCAAAAACAACGCCGGCUUCCGAGUAUGGAUCCUCUUCUUCCUCGUCAUGUGCUCUUUCUCUCUCCUUUUUCUGGACUGGUAUGACAGCUAACAUAGCUGCCAGCAUGGACUCUAUACAACAGGAAACCUCCUGGCUCUGGCACGUAUUGGUUAUCUCAUAAAGAAAUGACAACAGCACACUGUAUGAAUGUACCACUUCCCAUGCUGAACCCGGUGGACAAGUUGUUCUUCAUGAAGAUUCUGGAUUGAAGUGGAGAUGGCAGUUUGUUCUUCUCUGGUCUUAACUAUCAGUUAAUCUUUGUCCAGUGCUUUUAGUGCAGCAUCAGUGUUUACAAGCACUUCUGUCGAGUCGAGCUUUGUCAGGAGCACUGUAUUCACUCUAAGUGUGUGUAUCGUUGGACACUGUCUUUUAUCUUCCACUAAAUGAAAUAAUGGUUUGAUUGGCUGCAACCCUUCUUGUCUGACUGACUGAAAAAACAGAUUUUGUUUUUUGUUGAUCCUUCUUGGAACCAACUUUAACGCACUAGAGGAUACUGUGUAGACUUGCAUCUUGUCUUUGCAGUCUCAUGUAUUUAAAUAUAUUGUAAACUUAGGAACCUCAAUGACAUAUGUGUUAUAAUUCACUGUCAAACCAUUGAGAAUGUUUUGCUUUCCAGGCAUUUAUUUGAUAUCUGUCACAGCAUAACUGUACUGACACACCACUCACAGUAGUAAAACUAAACAAUAUUCUUAAUUAAA